AUAGCAACGCACUAAGCUUGCGAUUUUUCCAAAAUUUUCUCCUGUACCAAUGGAGCCUCAAAAGAAGAAGUGGGAAAAGUAUAUCAGAAUGUAAAAGCAUGAGCUCUUAUUGGUGUCAUGGCCAAUAAAUUCCCUUCAUGCGAAGACCAGGGAGACGAGGACAACAAAGAUGUACCAAGUGAGGACGAGAGUGGAAUACUGUUCUAUGUGAACAAAGAUGGUUUUCCUAUUAGUAAGAAAACUUGGGAAAGAAUGUGGCGUCAUGUGGAGAAAAUACAUCCGAAGGGAGCACAAGUUGUGCAGAGUGUGAGAGAAAGUGAACACCUAGCAAAGGUUCCAUAUGUAGCUGUACCUGUGUUUACACCAGUCAUGUCAGUGGAGGAGAAGCUAGGAUUGAUUCAAAACUACCUACAGCAACUGCAAUAUAAUCAUACAGGGACUCAAUUUUUUGAGAUUAAGAAGUGGAGACCAUUGACAGGGUUGAUGGAUACAGCAAGGGAAAUUAUAAAAGAGUCCUUACCCAUUAAAUGCCUUGAAGCUGUUAUUGUAGGAUUGUAUUUUACAUGUGGUAUGACUGAGAUGCAGCGGUUUACCAUCAGUUUUAAGACACAGUUCAAUGGACGCUACUACAGGCAUGUGGUGCUUGGAGUACACUACAAUGGCAAAUUUGGGACAUUGGGAUUAAGCAGAAGAGAUGACCUCAUGUUCAAGCCCUUGAAAUUUAAAAGUCUCCUGGAUUUACUUGAUGACUUCACAAAGUCAUAUAACAAUUAUCUUCAUAAUGUAAAGAAAAUAAAACUGAGUCUUCCUGUAGUUCAUGAUAUUCACAGCUGUGAAAGAAUUCAGUGGAAGUACCUGACUUUGAGUCCACUGAAGACAAAGCAACCAGAAAUGAAGAGCAUCUUGGAUAGAUUCACCCGAGAAAUCAGAGUAUCGUUUCAUUCCUAUCAGAUCAGUUCUCCAAGGAAGCCUGACGCCUCCAGUACGCUGACUCAAACAGAGAAAGCAAAAGGUUCAACACAACUUUCACCGCGGAAGGACAGACACACGCCAUCCAGUCCUUCGCGAGCGUACCAUGUCAGAGUAUGACGUUAUGUUGAAGUGGCAUCUGUCAAUCAUUCCCACUUCAUACUGGCAUACCGCUGGUAACUUAUGACACAGCGUGGAACAGUCACAUGGCUCAACAGUAAAACCAACGACCACACUGAAGGAGAUUCCCGUACUUAGAAUACGUCGUAGAGCUGUUCCUAGGGGACUGGGCACGUUUUAAAAGUCGUUCAUACCUACAGAGUCAUCGAAGUCAGAAGGAUUAGGCGCCUUCGUCAGAGAGUGAAGUUUAUCACCUCGUUUUCUAACACAAGGAAACAUCUCUUUUUCUAGUCAACUCUUCAUUGAGGGCAAAUUACAGUUUUUCAUAUUAAAGUGUAUUAUAAAUAAACUCUCAAUAUACUGGAAAAAAUCGUU